AUGGAGCUCGCAGACGAGGACUUUGUGGCGGUGAAUGUUCCGACAACGUUUGAGCAACCAGACAACAUCCACGAGUAUUUCUCGCUGCAAGCGCCACCCAACACAAGCAUUUGGCGGAAGCCUUCAGCAUCCGAUGACACCACGGCACCGAUGAUUUUGAAGCGCCUACGACAAUCAUUCAUUCUGGCGGAGGUCACUGUCUCCGCUGCACUGUCGGAGGAGUUCGACCAGGCUGGGAUUGUCAUUUUCGCUGGGUCAUUGCCGGAUCCAACGCUGUCACCAUUGCCGAUCGCGACGCGUCGAAUCUCACGCCACCCGAGACGAGGGAGUGAGGCUAGGGCCACAGGACGAUGGGCCAAAGCCGGCCUCGAGCUAAUCGAGGGAGAGCUACAUGCUGCCUCAGUGGUGGCCGUUUCACCUUGCGGUGCAGACUGGACGUCGUCGGCCCGCUUGCCCUUGCCUCUUAUGCCGUUUGGGUCUUAUUCACUCGCGUCGCAAUCUCUUCGCGUGAAAUUGGAGCGAGUUGAUCAAUCUCUGUGGAUAUGGUACAAAAUCCCAGAGAGCUCGACAUCAUUCGAGCCGCAGUAUUCCUAUACAGACUCGUAUAUGCGGCAACGAAACCCAGAAGAUGUCGCGACGGGAUGGAGAAAGAUGCGCGAGAUUAUGGGCUUCUUUGCUGGUGGCUUCGAGCACCAGAAGGGGAGUGUCUGGGUCGGAUGCUAUGCGAGUCGGCCUAUGGAAUUCGAACCGAGGCAUAGCUGGGAAGAGCCUUACGGAUUGUUGGCAGAGUUUGAAGAUCUGGAUAUUUUAUGA